GGUCUAAACAAGCAAAUAUAUACAAGAAGAGCCACCCUUCUCCCCCAGUAUACACAAGUAGCCUUUGAUACCCUCGAAAGGGUCGUCCAUCAUCCGAAGCCUUUCUCUAUAAGUAGUAGAUCCCUUUCUCUUCUUCCAUCGUACUUGCUCAAAAGGGUUAUCUGUUACGAUCAUGGCUGCUGCGCAUUUGGGUGUUGCAUAUCAGGGCUCCGUCGCUGCCCCUCUCAACAGUGAUUCAUUGCUUCACAAACCAUUUCUCAAGACCCAGAAGAUUAGCUUUCGUGAUAAACCAUGGAUGCGGGAGCCAAAAUCAAAGAUUGUACCAUCAAGAUAUCAGUCUGUUGUUUCUAUGAUAGUACCACAAGCAGUAAACAAAGCUAAGGUUUUGGUUUCACCCUUAGAUCUUGAAGAUGCAAAAGAACCUCCCCUAAACUUACACAAGCCGAAGGAGCCAUAUACUGCAACCAUAGUCUCUGUUGAAAGGCUUGUGGGCCCAAAAGCUCCUGGAGAGACUUGUCAUAUUGUAAUUGACCAUGGUGGCAAUGUUCCAUAUUGGGAAGGUCAAAGUUACGGUGUAGUUCCUCCAGGUGAAAACCCAAAGAAGCCUGGGGCUCCUCACAAUGUUCGCCUUUAUUCAAUCGCAUCCACAAGGUAUGGGGACUCUUUUGAUGGGAAAACGGCUAGUUUGUGUGUUCGACGUGCUGUUUAUUAUGAUCCCGAGACUGGUAAAGAAGAUCCAUCAAAGAACGGUGUAUGCAGUAACUUCCUCUGUGACUCAAAGCCUGGAGACAAAGUUAAGAUAACAGGCCCAGCUGGAAAGAUUAUGCUUUUGCCCGAAGAUGACCCGAGUGCAACCCACAUUAUGAUUGCCACCGGUACGGGUGUAGCUCCAUACAGAGGCUAUCUGCGCCGCAUGUUCAUGGAAUCUGUGCCCAAAUACAAGUUCAACGGUCUUGCUUGGCUGUUCUUGGGGGUGGCCAACAGUGACAGUCUUCUGUACGAUGAUGAAUUCAGCAAAUAUCUUGUAGACUACCCUGAUAACUUCAGGUACGACCGAGCUCUUAGCAGAGAACAAAAGAACAAGAACGGAGGUAAGAUGUACGUGCAGGAUAAAAUCGAAGAAUACAGUGAUGAGAUAUUUAGAAUGCUGGAUGGAGGGGCCCACAUCUAUUUCUGCGGGCUUAAGGGGAUGAUGCCAGGGAUCCAAGAAACGCUUAAGAGGGUUGCGGUGGAAAGAGGGGAGAGCUGGGAUGCGAAAUUGUCACAGCUGAAGAGGAACAAGCAGUGGCACGUUGAGGUUUAUUGAUAAGGUAUUCAUGCUUGCAAUUGUUUGAAAAUUUGAGAAACUGGUAAUAAAAGUGUGAAAAUCAUCGAUUUCCUUUGAAUUCAAUCCGGUAGCAUAUUUGACCUUUUGGGGUCUUAUUAACUGUUUAUGGAAUUCAAUGAUACACAAGUCUCGCGUCUUAUCCAUUAGAUGUAACGUAUUUGAGUUAAAACCUUGUAUUUGAAUCGUUUUUGCUAUAUCGAUGACCUUGUACACAAGUCGCGAGUUCAAAUCGUCUUUUUUGGUCU